AUGUGGCCUAUAGCUACUCGGGUCGUAUGGGCGGUAGCUUUCGCGCUGUUGCUCGCAUCCCUUGCUACCGCACUUCCACAUGAUGAAUCAAUGGAUAUGGGAAUGGAUAUGCACACGGUCACCAACGCGCCGCACCCUACACCCACUGCGACGCAAGUGAACACCGAUGGUCCGAUGAGCUAUUUCGCAUAUAGCAAGCACUCCAGCGCCAUUAUAGCUCACAUCGUCCUCAUGGUUCUGGGCUGGUGCUUCAUUCUUCCUGUUGCUGUCAUGCUGAGCAUCGCGCGCUCAUGGCUCGCCCUUCCAUCACAAUUCCUCUUCCUGGCCUUCAACGCUCUCGGUGUCCUCCUUGGGUUUAUCUAUAACAGCCAGACGCCAGAUCUCUACGAGAACAACGCACACCACAAAAUCGGUUGGGUCGCGACGUGUGUUGUCAGCGCCCAGUUUAUCCUGGCUUUGCUCUUUGCCUACGCUGGCCGCGGCAAGUCGGAGGCACCCUCUUAUGAACAUGCUGCGUUCUUCCCUGUCGCGACAGACGACCAUGAUACUGAGCAUGCUUAUCUCAACGGUGCGAUGCGCGGGCAUCGCUGGUCUCGCGACAGUGGUCAGGGCACGGAUAGCAACUCUUCUAUUCAUAGUCCUGGGUCGUCGUCUUGUGAGUCGCCUGCCGAAUACGAUGGAUUUGAAAAGCCCGACGAAGUGCUGGCAAAGGUUACCUCUCAACGCGGCUGGAUUCAUCACACGCGUGUUGGUCGCUUCCUGUCUCAGACUGUCCCUGGUCUGAUCCCCAGCCGGGUCCUCCGCGUUUUGAAUGUCGUGUAUAACAUCGUUGACCGUGUCAUCCUUCCAUUCGGAUUUGCGGCCAUUGCGAGUGGCGCUGUGACUUACGGUGGUAUCAUGAGAGGCCGUGAGAUCUUCAACGGACUUGCGCACUUCAUCAAGGGUGGCAUCUUCUUCUGGUACGGUGUCCUGACACUUGGACGCUAUAUGGGUUGCUGGGCCGAUCUGGGUUGGGCCUGGAACAAGAAGCCCUCUGCGUCUGUUGUUGGUUGGAAAUCCAAGGUUCCCUCAGGUGAAGCUACAGAGUCGCUUGUCAUUUUCCUAUAUGGCGCAACAAAUGUUUUCCUUGAGCACCUCAACGGUUCGGGCAAAGGAUGGUCUGCUACGGAUCUCGAGCACGUUUCGAUUUCCGUGCUCUUCUUCGGCGGCGGUCUGGCCGGUAUGCUUUUCGAAUCUGCGUGCGUCCGUCACUGGGUCAACAAUACCAUCAUUCAACCCCCAGCUCAAGGUACCUCGGAUGAAGCCUGGAGGCCGCCGAGGUCGCAGGGCGUUUCCUUGAACCCCAUGCCAGCUCUCGUCAUUAUGUUGCUUGGCAUGAUGAUGGGGUCGCACCACCAGGAUAGCAUGACAUCGACGAUGGUACACAAACAAUGGGGUAAUAUGCUGGUUGGGUUUGCGUUGGCGCGCGGAAUGACAUACCUCCUGUUGUACCUCAAGCCACCGACCUCGUACCUCCCGGCUCGUCCCCCGACAGAGAUCAUUGCUGCAUUCUGUCUGAUCUCAGGAGGUCUGAUCUUCAUGUUGAGUACCCGCAAUGUGAUUCAAGCAAUGGAGUACUACGAAGUGGACGCAAUGUUCACUUUUACCGUCGGGUUGGGCUUCAGUGCUUUCAUCAUGGCUUAUGAGAUCUUGACCAUUGCCCUCAAGGCCUUGGUUCUGAAGCGUGCUCAACGACCACGACCGAACUUCCGCUUCCAGUGA